ACUAUUGGCAUGCAAUGUGCCAACGUGGCAACUCCUGGACCUCAUACCUGGGAAUCUGAACAAGAGCAAAGAGAGUUUGCUUCAUGAAACUGCUGUGGCAGGACGCUUGGCAACCAUUUUGUUCUAAACCUCUUUCUGUUCUAGAGCUCAUACAACUGAUCUCUCCUUCCUUCUAUCUUUUUCUGAUAUAAGUUCAUAAUAUACUAUCCAUUUUCUUGUUUUGGUCUAUGCACCCUUUUGAAAGUUCUGGUCUUGGUUGCAUGAUAUUGGAUUAUAAUAGAAAAAGAAAGCAACCUUCAAGCAUUUAAAGAACGAUAGAUACAUGGGCUUUGAAGCUUCAAGGAAAUUUAAUUACAAAGAUCACAUCUGUGUUUCGUUCCAGUUUGGCAUGUAGAUGUAGGCGAUGUGCGCAUCAACUCAUGGACAUGAUUGCCUACAGGAGAGUUCAUCCAACAAAGAUGAAUGUGGAUGAUAAAAACAUAGAACCAUCGACUAAUUUAAGCCUUGCUCUGGGUUAUUCAAAUCAGUGCAUUCAGAGAAAUUUGAGCAAUGAUCCAGGUGCAGGUGCAAAUGCAGCUUCAACGGCAGACAUAACAUUUGUAGCCACCGACCCACUCUCUGAACUAGUAUGGUCUCCACAUAAAGGUUUGAGUCUUAGAUGUGCUGAUGGAAGCUUCAUCGACAAGAAGCCCUCUCUUUUACCAGGUGUAGGACCUACUUAUAUGGCAAGUGGAUCAAGUUCUGAUAAGCCUAUCUCAAAUACUGGCAAACUAUUUGACAAUGAAAUAUGUAUAGCUUCUCUACCGGCAUGCAAGCUCGCUAGUGAAAUUUCUGGAGAUAAUUCCACUACAUUUCUUACAAGCAAUGUAGGCAUCAUGCCAUUAAGUGGAACAGGUCUUGACAAGACAGCAACUGGUGAUCAGGUGGUUGAGAUGAAAAAUGCAGUGAACUAUUUUCUACAGAAAGAGGAUCUAAGAAACGAUAAAGCCGAAGAUGAAACCAAACUGGAUGUGGCACAGAAUUAUCGAACUUUUGAGGAACCAAUUGUCAGAGCUACAGAUGUCAAUGAUGAUCAUGAAUUAGGAAUGGAAAUUGUAUUGGUUUCUGAUUUUCAUACUGUGAAAGGACGUGAAGAUUAUGGUAUAAAAAUUCAGAAUGCAGCAUGCUCUGGAAAAGAAAAUGAGGAACCACCCUCAGUUAGAGAAAAAGAUAGAGAAAACAAGAUGGUCAUAGGCCGUCCUGGCAUUUUUUCCUUGGACAAACUGGAGUCAACUGCUGAAAAUGAUUUAGAAACACCAUUUGGUGAAAAUUCUUGCAGUAUGAGAAACAAAAAUUUAGCAUCCGAAUCUGCUGAUAGAGUUGAAAAUAACACUCAGCAUGAGUUAAUUCCAAUAGAAUAUGCUCUUGGAUACAACCAGUCUCCCACUAGCAGCAGACUCCAAAAUAUUCAAAGACAAGGCGAGUCUAAGGCCUUAUCUGAUGGAGAUGCAAAGGAAAGGAUGCUGAAUGAGGAGGAUGGCAGUCAUGAGAGUGUUGAAAGCUGUAACAGUACUGAACUAUUUUCAACAGGAAAACAACGAUGGAACUUUGAUCAACAGUUGAUGGUAGGGAGCAAAAGAGUCAAAAGACAAAUUCAAGAUAGUCCUGGUUCCUCAUCACUUGGUAAACAAGAUAGCUCAUUUGUGAAUUGGAUCUCAAACAUGAUGAAGGGAUUCUUGAAAUCAAGUGAAGGAGAGGCACCUUUUCUUUCUUCUGCUCUCUCAAAUCCUAAUCAUGGGCAUGAGAAUCCUAGUCAGGAUGUUUUCACAUGCAAUAGAAAGGAAGAUCCUGCAUGCGACACAAGAGGAUUUCAAUCCGUCUUUCAGUCGCUGUAUUGCCGAAAGACAAAGGGUCAAGAAACUGUCACCUUGAAUGUCAAUCAUCAAACAGAAGGAUCUAAAGAAUGUGACCAGGACAAUAAAAUAUGUGACCUGAAUGCUGCCCCAAUAGCUUGUCGUAUGGUUAGUGGUAAUGUUUACAAGCGGUUUCUGCCAUCAAAUGAGAAACACAAUGAGCCUACAUCUGGCUAUCACGCUGGUAUGACUGUCCAUUCUAGAGAUAUAUCUAUGAGUUUUCCUGUCAUUCCAGAAAGCAAUGGGAGUGUCUCUACAGAGAACAAAAAUUCAUGUAACUUGGCAAUUGGUAAGGAGAAAGAUGGAACAGACUCCAAUUUUUCUCACGGUAAACACAAGACCAGCAGUGCUGGUAAAAUUGAUCCUGAACUGCCAUCUAAAAAUAAGACAGCCCAUGGUUUUGGUUACAAAGGUGAUCCACUGGGAAGCUUGUGGAUAGCUCGAUUUUCUCCAAAAACUUCUGGUGCCCCGUUUAACCACUAUCCUUCCAAUAAAAGUACUGGUGAGGCAUUUAACUGCUCUGCUGAUAGCAUGGGGCUGAUACCUCAAGUACAGAAUCCUCUUGGUUCUUCCAGUGAACAUGAAAUUGUAGAGGUCAGGAACAAAAAUUUUCAAGAGCCAUUGCCUAUACAAAAUUAUAGUACUGCUAAUAGGGCUCCCUUUGAUUUCUACAAUGUAAAGGGAAACAUUGAUAAUGAUUCUGGGAAUAAACUGAAUCCCAUCUUAUCUUCCGCAAGAGUUAAAACUUCAGAGGCCAUGGCUUCUGUUUCCCCGAGGAGAUUGGAUGCACCCAAAUACAUCACGCCUUCAGAUGACGCAGAUAAUUCUGAUCGUGCAAGCAUGACCUGUUUCUUUUGUGGCAUAAAGGGUCAUGAUUUGCGAGAAUGUUCGGAAGUAACAGAUACUGAGCUUGAAGAUCUUUUAAGGAAUAUCAAUAUAUACGGUGGGAUAAAAGAACUGCCUUGUGUGUGUAUUAGAUGUUUUCAGCUCAAUCAUUGGGCUGUUGCAUGUCCUAGCACAUGUCCAAGAGUAAGGAGUAAAGCAGAAUGCCAUGCUUCUUCAGUCAGCCAUGCUGGUCCUAGCAAAUCGCAGCUUCAUGUGAUAAAUGAAGAUGAUACAAAGGCGAAAAAUGUCACUGGCAGCGGUCACGCAAUUUGUUAUGGGAAUGAUUAUGGAAUGGAUAAAGAUAUGAAUAGCUGGAAAUCAAAUGAAGCUGCUACCUCUGGAAAAAUGAAACUGAAUAUAAGGUUGUUUGAGAAAAAUAUUUCUUCGACUUCCAGAGAAAAGGAGUUGAAAGAAAAUCAAAUUAUACCUUUAUAUGGUUUUGUCAAUGGCCUGAUUUCUGAUGUACCAAAUGGAAUCUUUGAUGCAGUAAGAAGCCUCCGUUUGACAAGAACAAACAUUCUCAAAUGGAUGAACUCUAGUGCGUCACUCUCAAUUGAUGGUUAUUUUGUGCGUUUACGGCUUGGGAAGUGGGAGGAGGGACUAGGAGGAACUGGAUACUAUGUAGCUCGCAUUACUGGAGGACAAAUAGAGAGUUCAUCGAAGAAGUCCAAAAAAUCUAUCGCGGUAAAUGUUGGUGGCAUCCAAUGUGUAAUCGAAAGUCAAUUUGUCUCCAACCAUGAUUUUCUUGAGGAUGAGCUUAAAGCAUGGUGGUCUGCCACUUCAAAGGUUGGUGGCAAAUUACCAUCCGAAAAAGAGUUAAGAUUGAAAGUUGAAGAGAAGAACACAUUGGGCCUUUAGGGGGGGAAAAAAACAAAAUUGUUAUAGAAAAUCAUAUUGUUCAGUAUCAGUAGUUUGAAGUUGUUUGCACUAUAAUAUAAAGUUACAAGUGAUGCAAAAGUGUGCUAUCUUUGCACUAUAGUAUAUUCUUUUUUCUUUCUUGUUGAAUUCGGGGCAACUGUGAGGAUGGAAAUCUCGGCUUGAAGAAUAUCUCCAGAAUUUUUGUUAGUCCUGUUCAUUUCAUUAAUCAUUAAAAGGACUUGAUUAAUCACUAAUAUAGUUUGCUGUUGCUCCCAUUA